UCUCGCUAGUUGCUGCAUGUAAUUUCUGUGUUGUAAUAAACUUUACAGUUAACUUUCUAUAUAUUAUAUUUAACUGAAAAAUUAAUUUGUUAUAAAAUUAACAUACGUGUAAAAUUUUUUAUGAGUCAAAAAAGGUCUUACAAGUUUAAAACGUUACCUAUAUAAUAUUCAUUGCAUCAACAACUUAACCUCUUCUGAUAAGGACUGGUACAAAUUAAUAGGCACAAUAAUUAUUGUAUUUAUUUGACCAGGAAUAGACCAUAAUAUUAAUUGUAUGAAUAUUUUUAAUUUCAAAAUAUGCCUUUAGUACGAAGUUUAGUGAAGAAAUUAUUUUCUACAAGUGUGAGUUUUGAAUCUGCGGCUUGUUUGUAUUCAUCUAAAAAUGUGUUUACUAAACCAUCAUCAUCGUUUAUGACAUUCAAUAGAGGUGUUACAACAGUUAGAAAUUCGACAACAUUGUCUCAAGCGGCUGCUGGGACUGCAGUCAGUAAAGAUGAGAAGCGAGAGUUCAUGGCCGUCUUUCCAGACAUUGUUAGAGAUCUGACUGAUGCUGGAAGACACCUCGAUAUACCCGAAGCAACAAAGUGGUAUGCCAAGGUAUUGCAAUACAAUGUGCCAGGUGGUAAGAAGAAUCGUGGAUUGGCUCUAGUACUUGGCUACAAGCAUUUGGCGAAAUCGAGCGAUCUCACACCAGAAAACAUCAGGCUCGCUCAUAUCCUAGGAUGGUGUGUGGAACUUCUGCAAGGUGCAUUUCUUGUUUGGGAUGACUGCAUGGAUGAAUCGUCCACAAGACGUGGCAGACCCUGCUGGUAUAAAAUGCCAGGUGUUGGAUUGACGGCCAUCAACGACGGCAAUCUAUUGGAAAGCGGCGUUUUCCAAUUGCUGAGGCGACAUUUCAAGUCCCGGCCUUACUACAUUGAUAUUGUUGAGUUAUUCCAUGAUGUCGGCCUUAAAACGAAAAUGGGACAGACUUUGGAUUUGCUGGGAGCUCAACAUGAUCACAUUGUCGACCUGAAAAACCUGACCAUGGACAGAUAUAAUUCAAUCGUCAAGUACAAAACUGCUUACUAUUCAUUCUAUCUUCCCAUAGCUCUUGCUAUGCGUAUGGCUGGAAUAAAUGAUGAAGAGAGACAUCGACAAGCAAAAACUAUUCUACUUGAGAUGGGUCAUUUUUUUCAAGUGCAGGAUGAUUAUAUGGAUUGUUUUGGAAGCCCUGAGGUGACUGGGAAAGUCGGAACUGAUAUUCAGGAGGGAAAGUGCUCCUGGCUUGUUGUAGUGGCUCUACAGAGAGCUACUCGAGAGCAGAGACAACUUCUCAAGGAAUGUUACGGCUCAUCAGACCCUGAAAAAGUGCAUCGUGUGAAGACUUUGUAUGAAGAGAUAGGUUUACCAGCCACCUUCGCCACCUACGAGGAAGAGAGCUACAAUUUGAUAAAAACACACAUACAACAAAUCUCCUCUGGGAUGUCACAUGAUUUAUUCUUCAAACUUCUCGAGAAAAUUUAUAGAAGGGACAGUUGAGCGUGUUAAUUCUACAGAGUGAGCAUCAAAUAUUUCCCUGAUUGAAAAAAUUAGUCGUUGUAAAUAGUUAUUUGAAUCUGGUGUGAUUGUGUAUUGAAUCACUUUUUGUGUAGUUGAGAAGUUGAUAUUGUGGUAAUUAUUCAUAUUAAAUGAAAAAGACUA